AGUAACAUUUUCAUUUUCACGCCGCACAGAGCUCCUGGCGGCUUUUGUCACACGCCGAAAAAUUAAUGCUGAAAUUUAAAACGGAUCAGCAAAGUGACUUAGUACCACUUAGUGAAUGCCAACAGCAGCAAAAGUGAAAACAGCAAAAAGAUGCUAAUAAACAAGGACACUUUUCCCUACAGAAUGGGAUUAUCGCCACUGUACUUCCUGCCGCCCUCGCCACCCUCGGUGAACGUGACAAAUGAGCGGUUUGGAUAUCUUCCAAUAACCCCGCCGUAUCACGCCCAGUACGACUACCCACUUCCGGUGAACUCAACCGCCACGAUGCAGUCGACGGCCGCCAAGUCUUCGUCGUCCUCUGGCCUUCAUCCGUACUUUUACCUGGGAUCCGCCGGGAAGGAGGAAAUUACGUCGGUGCCACUCUCGCCGCCGCACACCCCGCCCCUGCUCUACAGCCCCGGAAGUGGCCUCAUCAACGGCACGUCCGAUGGGACCACCACGGCUGCCAAUCAAUACGGAUUAUCGAAUCUGAGAAUUGCGGACACGGACGACGAUGACGAGGACGAGGAGGAGGAGGAGGAGAACGGGGACUGGAAAGGGAGCGCGGUGGAGCAGGCCAGACCCCGGAACUCCGUCAUCAUGAAGGUGCAGAACCAGCAGGUGGUGCCGCUGGUCGGAGAGGAGGGCACCCGAGCGAUCGAAAAGUUUGCCUGCAAGUGGGAGAACUGUUACUGCGUAUUCUUCAAGCUGGAAGACCUGGCCAGCCACGUUACGCAGAAACACGCCGUGGUCGGUCUGGGGGGCCUCUACUACUGUCGCUGGGAGGGCUGCCUGCGCCAAGAUCGGGGCUUCAACGCACGCUACAAGAUGCUGGUGCACGUGCGCACCCACACCAAGGAGAAGCCCCACGAGUGCGACAAGUGUGGAAAGUGUUUUUCCCGCGCCGAGAACCUCAAGAUUCAUCUGCGCUCGCACUCCGGUGAAAAGCCGUACGUCUGCCCGGUUGAGGGCUGCAACAAGGCGUACUCCAACUCGUCGGAUCGGUUCAAGCACACGCGCACGCACUCCAACGACAAGCCGUACGUGUGCAAGGUUCCAGGCUGCCACAAGCGGUACACCGAUCCGUCAUCGUUGCGCAAGCACGUGAAAACCUUCAAACACGCAUCGAUGGUGCUACCAUUAACGGCCUCGUCGCUGCCGCCGUCGAUGGACUUUGACUAUUAUCAUCACGCCGGCCAUUUGCACGGCCAUCCCGGCGGACUGGCCUCGGUUUACGGUCGGAGCAUCAGCUCCAGCAGCAGCACCGGAAGUCCUGCCAAGAUGGCAAGCGAUAACUCAUUCAGCACCGACGAUAGCCGGGCUUCGAGUGAUUCGAGCAGUCCCGACCUGGGUCGUCUUGCCGCCGCCGGCGAAGAUAAUAAUGUGCUAAUUGAUGUCGUCAAUGUCGACAAGUGUGAUGAAAAAUUAAUCUACACUGAUGAUGACGUCUACCAGGCCCGACCGUACCCGGACCGUGUCGGUGGUGGUGGCCACUGGCCUGAGCAAGACACCGGCAGGACCCGUGAGGAGGACACCGGCAGCGGCGGGGCGUACCUCCUUGAACCGGAACGAGUAGCCGGAGGAGACUACCGUGGACGGAUCAUGUUCGCCCAACCACCCGCAGCCGUCGAGGACGAUGAGUUGUGCAGCUUCAGCUCGGAGCACCUCCUCCGCAUGCAGGUGGAUGACACCCCGCUGGAUCUCAGUAUACAUCAUCGAUAGUAUUCGAGGGGCGACGUUUGUUUUAUUUUUGCGACGCACCUUGAACCUUUUAAAAUUUGGUGUUCUUUCUUUCUGUGUAACACUUGUACUGUACUAACCCAAACAACAGUAAGAACGUUCUUUUGUUUUACUUUUAACUCGGUGACCUUUUUUU